UUGAUGGAUAUCUACAACCCAAAUCUUCUAAUGAGAAGGACAAAUUCUUAACUACAAAUCUAUUAUUGACCGCUGAUGUUUUAGUAUCCUAUGCAACCUUUGGUCUUAAUCAAUCAGUAAAUGUCCAUAUGGUGAGUGUAUCGCAAAUGACGCACAACUACACUAUUAAUGACACUAUCGCUCUUAACCAACAGUUGGUUACCUCCUACAAACAGCUGGGCAAAAUCGACAAUCAGCUGAUUAAGUUCUACCAACAGUAUGUUGACUUCACCAAGCAAUCGAUUAAGUUCUACCGGCAAUUACUUGAAGAUGACAAACAACUGACUAAUUUCUGUCAACAAUUAACCCAAUUCAACAAUCAACUGUCUGCACUCUACCAGCCACCCAGAACCUUUAACUUGUUUACCACCCCCAACCCCGGCAAAGACCUAUCCAACUUUUCUAUCAUAGCCCAAUCUGCGCAUUGGAAGUGUGUGAUAAAACAAUGUGGCUGUUCCAAAGACCCUUGCUCAUGGCCAUUCUCUAACCUAAUAUCCGCAAAAUACAUCAGACCCACACCCAGACGUCCCCAUUAA